AACGAUUUCACUUAGCUAGUCAUGAAGUGAUUCACAAUGAUUUAUUAUUUGUACAUUUUUUAUCAAUUAUCAACGUGUAAGGAACAGAAAAAUUCCACGCAGAGAGAAAUUAAGUUUCUAAUGUAAUAAAUAACGUGCUUAAUACCUCGGUGCCACGUGUGUUUAAAUUUUUCAAAAAGGCCGUUUUAACUGUUGUAAUUGCGUAAAGCCAUUACGUAGAAAAGUGGACUUAAUACAUAUAGUUACGGUUGUUUGAACACUGAUAUCGUGAAAACGUGUUUUGCUAACGGCAAACUUACUGACCUACUACGCAUCUCCAGUCGUAUCAAACAAAUUCACCGGAAUACGCUCGAAAGUUUCGUCUUAUACUGUUCUAUUACAUUUCGUUAGGUUCUUAAAAAAAGACUCUCUUCUCCUUCUUUGCGUUAAUAAGUUAAAAGAUCGAAAUUAAAUGACAUGAUCUAUGCAAACUUUAAAUGAAAUAAGAACAAAAUUAUUUUGAAAUUACGAGAUAUUGGCUUUAAGCUUGAAUGGCAUUAAAUUUGAAUUAAGUUUGAAAUUAAUCUGAAUUUGUAACAUACAUUAUAUAUGCAAAUCUUGUUAUUUUAUCUCUGUUAUUUUAUCAAAUAUCUAUAAAGCUCGAAGUGCUUUCCCUUUUGAAAAACCAGUUAACUGACACCAAAAUAAUUUACAAUACGUAUAUCAGUUACUGUUAGAUUUCACUGCUACCAUAAGCCGCGACGCUAUCGGAAUCUGCAUCGAAUGAUUAGUCAAGCAGAAUCUAUUGAAAUCACCGUAAGUCGACAUCGAUAAAUGUGACCGACCUCUCUAACGUUUCGAAUAUCCCAUCCAUUAACCCCGAAGCCUCUGAACCGCUGCAUGACUGAGGAACGAACGUCAUCCAGCUCAGAAAUGAAAUCCCGUAAUCCCAGCUCGUGGGGCAGAACAGUGAAACCGUCGUGUUUCACAUACCCGUAUGAACCAGCGACUGGUUCCGGCUGCGGGUUUGCCAGUCAACAAAUAACCUUCGAGGCGAUCGAGCAUCCUGGCGCGAUCGAAGCACGCCAUGAAUGUCGGCGUUGAAUCGAUCUUGUGCGUGAUCCUCGGGGUUUCGGUGAUCAUGCCGCAUCUGGCAAAUAGUAAUCCAUAUCGUGGUAAUUACACGGCGACACGUCCACAAUAUGAUUACACGCGGGAGAAGAUAUUCAGGGAGGAAAAAGCUCUGGAUAAGGAAAGUGGUUUGCAGAAUGCCCGUAGCGAUCAAGAAAUGCAACCGUGUUUGAAUUCCAAAGACAGAGUAGAGGAAAAACGCGUAUUCGCUGAAGCAAAUAAUCAGCUUGAAAACACACCCAGGGAGUUAUCCUGGGAUGAUGAUGAUUACAGAGGUUUUUCUCUGUUUGGCCUCGUUGAAUCCAUGCUGUCCGUUGUAGCGAACGGACUCAGCACGGUCGUAAGCAGUAUCGUUGGUACCGAGAAGAAGGAUUCACGGUCACGUACCAGCAGAAUAAAUUAUAGAAAUUAUCAUUUAAUCAGGGCAUUUCCUACCACGGAGAAUCAAGUUACGAAUCUGCAUGACUUGAGAGACGCCGAGCCUGAGGACAUAAAAUUUUGGUCCUUUCCGAAUCCUAAUAGAACGUCCGACAUGAUUGUGGCACCAGAUCUCGUAAACGACGUCAAGGAAUAUUUGAGGGAUAAGAAGAUUGACUUCAAAGUAUUAAUAUCGGAUAUUCAGAAAACGAUCUCUUACCAAAAUCCGAAGAUGUCCAAAGAACAGCGUGAGGACUUGGUCACCACUCAAGGCCACACAAUGACAUGGAAACGUUAUCACCGAUACGGAGAUAUCGUACGGUAUUUAGAGUAUCUAGCCUUUAGAUAUCCCAAACUGGUAGAGUUAAUAACUAUUGGACAUAGCUACGAAGGUCAGCCGAUAAAAAUGGCAAAGGUUUCGGCAGGAUUAAACAAAGAAGGCGAAAGGAAGCCUGCUAUUUGGAUCGAUGCCGGCAUGCAUGGACGAGAAUGGAUUGGUACCGCAGUGGCGACCUACAUACUGAGUCAACUGGUUGAGAAAAACUCGAGCUACACGAAAUUGCUGGAGCAUUCGGAUUGGAUGAUUCUGCCGGUUGUCAAUCCCGACGGUUAUGAGUAUAGCCAUGUAGGCGACCGUUUUUGGCGAAAGACUAGAAGCAACCACGUGGAAAGUCAAAACGAUAGUAGGUACACGCCCUCCAAUUUAUUACAGUUCGUAACACACUAUACCAGGUGGUUGUGGACUACAUGCGAGGGAGUCGAUCCGAAUCGAAAUUUUGCGUACCACUGGGGCGAAGAGAAGGGAGGAGGUGCUAGUUCAGAUCCUUGCCACGAAAUAUACUCCGGGCCUUAUGCUUUUUCUGAGCCCGAAACGAAGGCCAUGGCGGAUUAUAUUUUGGCGAACAAACAACAUAUUCGAAUGUACCUGACAUUGCACUCUUAUUCUCAAAUGUGGCUGGUACCAUGGGGUCACACACGUUCGAAGCCGUCGGAUUACUCCGAUUUGGUGAACGUAGCGAGAAAAGCGAUCAACGCGAUCGUGAAAGUUCACGGCACUAAUUAUCAACUUGGGCCGGCAGCAGAACUAAUGUAUCCGACUUCUGGAGCGUCUGAUGACUGGGCUAAAGGCGUUGCCUCGAUAAAGUAUGCAUACACUGUGGAACUACGUGAUCGCGGAACAUAUGGAUUCUUAUUACCAGCUACUCAGAUAGUUCCGACCGCGCGCGAGAUUUGGGCAGGAAUCCGGGCAAUAGCUCGCUUAGUUACCUGCAACACGUGAGAGCCGCAUUCCGCGUUUCUGAUGCGCACUUGGCGUUCGUACGUUGUUCAUUUCUUCAUCCAGAUAAUGGAAACUGGAUCAAUGCCCUUUGUGAAUCAUACAAGUGCGGGAUUGUACCGUCAUUUUUACGCAAUAGACAUCGAUGAACAGGGUACAUAGGGCAUUCGUGAUGAAAACUCGACACUCGUUUUGUUAUCGAAAUAAGUUAAAUGAGCUACAAGAGAUGCUAUCGAAAGAUAAAUUAACGCUUAAUUGAAAAUUUAAUUGGAAAACAAAGAGUGCAUUAUCUGUUAUGACAUAACCGUUAAUUUAAGUUACAAACAAAUUACACGAGAUACUACAAUAGAUUUUAAGUUUCUCUAAGUUCUAGCUCUGAAUUUUAUUUUUAGAAAAUUGCUUUACAUAGUUUAAUUAAACGAAAGUUUGUAUUUUAAGAACUUCAAUAUGUUUUGAUUAAAUUGUCAGAUCUGUAGCUA